UCCCUCGGACACAGCGGAUCACCGAUCAAUGGAAAGAGCCGAAGAUGUCGGCUCAGUCAUGUGAUCAGCUGUGUCCAAUCACAGCUAAUCACUGAUCAUCAGGGCACUGAUGAUCAGUGUGCCCUGAUGAUCUGUGUAGCCCCAGCAGUGCCACCUGUUAGUAUCCAUCAGUGCCAGCUGUCAGUGCUCAUCCAUGCCACCUGCCAGUGCCCAUCAGUGCCACAUCAAUGCCACAUAUCAGUGCCUACCGGUGCACAUCAAUGCCACAUAUCAGUGCCUACCAGUGCACAUUAAUGCCACAUAUCAGUGCCCAUCUGAGCUGCCUUUCAGUGUCACCCAUCAGUACCAGUCAGUGCUGCCUAUCAGUG